AUAAUACCUAACAAUGUAAAAGAAGCGGAGUUAAUUAACUUAACUAUAUUCUCUAAAGACAUUCUAGGGCGCGUCUCCAACACGCGCACCUUUGCAGGCCGCGAGCUUAAUACUAAGUAUAUCUUUAGGCUUUUUAUGCCCUUAGAUUCCCUAUCUAUUAUUGGCAAUCUAAUAGAAUACGAAAAUAUUGCUUCAGCAACUACGCGCGUUAAUUUUACUUUCCUAGCGUUUAACAAUAUUUCCCUUCUAGUAAACUUAGCUCGCGAAAUAACGCAAUAUGACGUUGUGUUUAAGUGGUUUGGCAACCUCUUCCAGACUCUUAUCCUAAGCUUGGGCGGGUCUUUUAAGGAGGCUAGCGGCAAGACGGUAGACAAGAUUGCAACAUUAAUAUGUAACUUGCAUGCAAGACACUGCAGCGGCAAGAACGCACAAUAUAACUCCUAG